AUGUUGAGGUCCUUUUUAGGUGGGUGCCGUCCGAGCUUCAUCCCGCUGAUCGGCCCAGCAGCCUUCGAAAGUCGAGCCCAAAACUCUGUUGAGAAGUCUUCCGCUUUCUGCAGCCUGCAUAUCCUUUCUUUGCGCCUGUACAGCGCAGCACUGCUUCCUGUUGCAGAGGCACAGCUCGCGGCAAGGCCCACGGGCCUCGGAAGGGCUUCGCCUCUUGAUGGCUGGAAAUCUUCGCCGGGAUGGGUUCGCACACGGUUCAACGACUUGACACACCCCGUAGUUCUUGUUUUAGGAGCGAUGUUGGCCCCACCUUGCACCAGCUUCUCGGUCGCCCGGGACCGUAUCAAGGUUAUCCGAGAUCCUCAUCCUCCGUGGGGUUGCUUUCGCAUCGAGUUGCAAAAGAACGUGAUUGCAGCAGGGAAAUGA